AUGGGUCCACCAAAGAAAAUCAAAAAGUAUGAUUCUAAAGUUGGAAGCGAAAGAUCGGGCAAAAAGAAAAAGGUCGAAGAAGAUAUAACCAUAGAUUUGGUUGAAGAUGAUAAUCCAGAAAAUACUGGAGUCCCAGUGGCCGCUAUGGCUGAUGCUGAGAAAAAUGAUCAAGUACCUGAAGAUGAAUUUGGAGCCAAGGAUUAUAGGAGUCAAAUGGAAUUAAAACCAGAUAACACAAGUCGGCCUCUUUGGGUAGCACCAAAUGGCCAUAUUUUCUUAGAGGCUUUUUCACCCGUGUACAAGCAUGCCCAUGAUUUUUUAAUAGCAAUAGCUGAACCUGUAUGCCGACCUCAACUAAUCCAUGAGUACAAAUUAACUGCAUACAGUUUAUAUGCUGCUGUGUCUGUUGGCCUACAGACAAAUGACAUUGUAGAAUAUCUACAGAGACUCAGCAAAUGUGCCGUCCCAGCUGGCAUUGUAGAAUUUAUAAAACUUUGUACACUGUCAUACGGCAAAGUUAAACUUGUUCUUAAGCAAAACAGGUAUUUAGUGGAAAGUAAACAUGUUGAAGUGCUACAAAAAUUACUUCGAGAUCCUAUAGUACAACAAUGUAGGUUACGUCGUGAUGGAGAUGAUGAACUAUUGUCAUCAGCACUGCCAAAUAAACCGGCCGCCGCGACCACAAAAACUGGAGAAGAAAAAACAGUUGCCAAUGGCAGUGUGCCUGAGGAUAUUACACAGUUUUAUCAACAAUUAGACAAAGAUGAUGAUGAUGAAGAAGCUACUGAUAUAACAGCAAAUGCACUGGUUGCUUUUGAAGUAGAUCCCGAUAAAAUUGAGGUAAUACAAAAACGUUGUAUUGAAUUAGAGUAUCCGCUAUUGGCAGAAUAUGAUUUCCGGAAUGAUGUUGUUAAUCCUGAUAUCAACAUUGACUUGAAGCCGACAGCUGUAUUGCGGCCAUACCAAGAGAAGAGUCUUAGAAAAAUGUUUGGAAAUGGAAGAGCAAGAUCAGGAGUCAUAGUCCUACCCUGCGGUGCGGGGAAAUCUUUAGUGGGCGUGACCGCGGUGUGUACGGUGCGCAAGCGCGCGCUUGUAUUGUGCAACUCUGGAGUUUCAGUUGAACAGUGGAAGCAGCAAUUCAAGUGCUGGUCCACAGCUGACGACAGCACCAUCUGCAGAUUCACAUCAGAAGCAAAAGACAAACCGAUGGGGGCAGGUAUCUUGAUAACAACUUAUUCAAUGAUAACACACGGACAACGACGGUCUUGGGAGGCAGAGCAGACGAUGAAGUGGCUGCAAGCGCAAGAGUGGGGACUCGUAGUGUUAGACGAGGUACACACCAUCCCGGCCAAGAUGUUCCGUCGUGUACUCACCAUUGUACACUCGCAUGCUAAAUUAGGUCUAACUGCAACGCUCCUUCGUGAGGACGACAAGAUUGCGGAUCUCAACUUCCUUAUCGGACCGAAACUGUACGAGGCUAACUGGCUCGAGCUGCAAGCGGCCGGGUUUAUAGCGCGUGUGCAGUGUGCUGAAGUCUGGUGCCCGAUGACCCCGGAGUUCUACCGGGAAUAUCUCGUUCAAAAGAUAAACAAAAAGAUGCUACUCUACGUAAUGAACCCGUCCAAAUUCCGAGCGUGUCAAUUCCUCGUGAAGUACCACGAGCGACGCGGCGACAAGACCAUAGUGUUCUCGGACAAUGUGUUCGCGCUGCGCCACUACGCGGUCAAGAUGAACAAGCCCUACAUCUACGGGCCCACGUCGCAGAACGAGCGGAUUCAAAUACUUCAAAACUUCAAGUUUAACCCCAAAGUGAAUACGAUUUUUGUGAGCAAGGUCGCCGAUACGAGCUUCGAUUUGCCCGAAGCGAACGUCCUUAUACAAAUAUCGUCUCACGGUGGUUCCAGAAGACAGGAAGCGCAACGUUUGGGUCGUAUAUUGAGGGCUAAAAAGGGUGCAAUAGCAGAGGAAUACAAUGCGUUCUUCUACACGCUCGUCUCACAGGACACCUUAGAAAUGGCAUACAGCAGAAAACGACAGCGGUUUCUCGUUAACCAGGGUUACAGCUACAAAGUCAUAACAGAACUAAAGGGAAUGGAUCAGGAGCCCGAUUUGAUGUACGGUUCUAGAGAAGAGCAAGGGAUGCUUUUGCAACAGGUAUUAGCGGCAUCUGAAACAGAAUGCGAAGAGGAACGCGAGAGUGGUCCGGGUGGUUCUAGUGGGGGAGGCGUAUCGCGCCGCGCGGGGGCGCUAUCGUCACUCGCCGGCGCCGACGACGCACUGUAUCUAGAACAUCGGCGCGGACAACACAACAAGCAUCCACUCUUCAAGAAUGAAUCUAAGGCCGAGAGUGGAGUACCAGAAUGGGCGAUAGUAGAAUUGCAGGGACUUGUACAAACUAAGAAGGAACAAGAAUUAGGACCGAUUACUGUAGGAGACUUGCACUUCUUUAAUAGGAAUAAACAUCCGGUCUUGGUCCUUGGGCACCACGUUCUCAAUGGAAAAGAAGUCAAAUUAGAACAACCGAUGGCCGUCAUAGAAAGAGUUGGAGAUAACGGCAGAAUGGAGUACAGGGUUAAAGCAAUUGUAAAAAAGAAAUUACUCUUCAAAUCUCGACCGAAACCCAUCAUAUCCAAUGUUUCGGAGAGAGUGUAA